CUCAGAGUUACCCCCUGUUCAUUGAUCUCACUUAGUCAAUGAUCUCCAAACACCACAAAACCAACUUACUGUUUCUGUGCCAUGAUGAAGAUGAGACAAAUUUUCACUCUGUUGCUUUUUUGCCAUGUAUGUCUUCAUAAUAUGGUAAACACAAGGACAGUAUGUAGUCGUCCCCCACCUGUGGAAGGUUCAGAGGUUUCUGGGGGGCAACGCGUUUUUGAGCCCGGUGAGCAGGCCACUCUAAGAUGUAUUCAAGGGUACACACCUACUGGUGGCUCUCGUAAGAUGACAUGCACUAUUACAGGAAAGUGGACAGAGCGCUCACUCAAAUGCACACUGAAACGGUGCCCAACUCCUGACCCUCCUGCCAACGGAAAAGUUUAUUUCACUAGCAUUGUGUUCCAAAGCACUAUCAAUUACACCUGUAAUGAAGGGUAUGUCCUACAUGGGAACAAUUCUUGUGAAUGUUUACAUACAGCAAUAUGGAGCAACCAAACCCCCCUUUGUAAACCUGUGAAAUGCGGGCUUCCAGUGAUUCCAAAAUAUGCCAAAAUUAUUUACGAUAAGGUCUUUACUGGUAACACCACAGAGUUUGGAUUAGGUGUGACUUAUAAAUGUUUGCCACCACUGGCACUUUUCGGUAACGAGAGAGGGUACUGCACUGCUAACAGAACAUGGACAGACCCACCCACGUGUCAUGAAGUGUCCUGCAAAGUACCCCCUACUAUAGAAAAUGGAUUUCUCACAUCGGCUGUUCUUAAGGAAUAUGGUUAUAUGGCACGGAUAAAAUAUGGCUGCAGUAAGGGCUAUGUUCUGGAUGGACCAAUGGAAAUAGUCUGUAACAAGAGUGGACACUGGUCUGAAAAGCCUGUCUGCAUAAAUGCUUAGUUCUCUCACAAAGAGUAAAAUCAGCAGUGUGUCAAAAGAUAAUUAACUGGAACUAGCUGAGAAAAUUAUAUGUCUGUACAAAUAAAAAUAUUCACGAGUGAUUAACAUUUAUGUUUCUCUACCCAUGAUAAAAAAAAUCUUUUUUAUCCAACAUUAAGCUAUUAAAAAUGUAUUUACAAUAUGAUAAUUUAAAGAGUUCCUAUAACGUUGCUAAAAAGAAUGUUAUUUUGUGUAUUUGGUGUAAUUUAUCAUGGUUCAAAAACACAUUAUUUUCCACAUACCGUACAUUAUUGUUGCUCCUCUAUGCCCUGCCUUCCUGAAACGUGUUGAUUAUGUACAAACCUUAUAGUUCUCCAGCUAUCCAGGGUGUUGUGAUUGGCUGAAUACCUUAAGCAUCUGGCGGAAGAGUGAUGCUUCUUACCAUAUUUAAUAGAAGAUCAGCUCACAAUGCAGUGCUGACAAUUGUUUUAAAGCAGCUUAACAUUAACAGAUGCAGGAGAAAACACAGAAAAAUCCAUGGACAACAUAGGCAGCAGAAUACAGCCGCUGAGAUUAAACCAUACUAGCGAGUGUAGUAAUAAUGUAACAUAAAAAAACACAAUCCAGACCUCAAGGCUAAAACAAGAACAGAUCGUGCAUCAGAGCUCCGUCGAGUUCAUCUUCUAAAAUCCUUUUUUUUUACCAUCUUAUUCCUAUUUAUAUAAUAUAACUUAUUAGUUUUACAUAGGAAAACUUUACUGUGACGAUUAUUGAGCAGUACUACCACGUGAAACUAUUUAUCACUAAUAAACACCCAGUGUUAGCAUAUAGCCCGCUAGCAUCAACAAACGGUGGAGGCUGAAGCUAGCAUUUUCCGAUCUAAUGGUGGAUUCAUCUGAUAUAUGCUUUUCUGCACUCAAAAAAAUAUUUAGGCCUAAUUCAUAAGAUUUAUGUAUUUUGAUUACAUGUAACAUUUCCAUCCAUUUGGAUUACAUACUUCUAAUCUAAAAAAAGCAAAUAAACUUUAUAUGAUAGAUAUUUUUUAGAUAUAUGUAAAUGAAACCAGUAAAAUUUAUGUAAUAGUUUUACUUAAUCCAAUGUGUUUUAAAUGCAUUAAAAAAAUGGAUUAUGUAUUCUUUAUUAAUAAACCCAAUUCACUUAAAAUGCAUUACAUUUAAGUAUCUUACUAAUAAACCAUUUAUACAUUUA